UCGGCCUCCCCUCCCCCGGCGGGCGGGGCGGGCCCGCGCAUCCCCUCAGAGCCGCCGCCAUGGCCAGCAGCGGCAAGGAGCGCGAGGCCGUACAGCUCGUGGCCGAGGCCGGGAAGCGGGUCAAGUCCUCGCACUCCUUCCUCGGGGGGCUCUUCGGAGGAAAUUCAAAGGUAGAAGAAGCCUGUGAAAUGUACACCAGGGCUGCAAACUUGUUCAAGAUUGCCAAAAACUGGAAUGCUGCAGGAAAUGCAUUUUGUCAGGCAGCCAAACUCCAUAUGCAACUACAGAGUAAACAUGAUGCAGCCAUCGGUUUUGUGGAUGCUGGGAAUGCUUACAAAAAGGCAGAUCCACAAGAGGCUAUGAACUGCUUAAAUGCAGCCAUCGAUAUAUACACAGACCUGGGCCGAUUUACUAUUGCUGCCAAGCAUCACAUCACCAUUGCAGAGAUUUAUGAGACGGAGCUGGUAGAUAUUGAAAAGGCAAUUGCACAUUAUGAACAAGCUGCAGAUUACUACAAAGGAGAAGAAUCCAACAGUUCAGCUAACAGGUGUCUGCUGAAGGUGGCUGCAUAUGUUGCUCAGUUAGAGCAGUACCAGAAGGCAAUUGAAAUCUACGAGCAGGUUGGAACAAACACUAUGGACAAUCCAUUGCUCAAGUACAGUGCAAAAGAGUAUUUCUUUAAAGCUGCUCUCUGCCACUUCAUUGUGGAUGAGUUGAAUGCUAAGCUUGCUCUUGAGAAGUAUGAAGAAAUGUUCCCAGCAUUCACAGAUUCGAGAGAGUGCAAGCUAGUAAAAAAACUGCUGGAAGCUCAUGAGGACCAAAACUGUGAAGCUUACACUGAGGCAGUUAAGGAAUUUGAUUCCAUAUCUCGCUUGGAUCAGUGGCUUACGACUAUGUUGCUUCGCAUCAAAAAGUCAUUUCAAGGAGAUGGUGAUGGAGACCUAAAGUGAUUUAUUUGUGGUAUAUGUGGCAUGUUGCCUAACUCCUAAAUAAUCUGUUUUUGUGUAAUGGCCAUGGACCAUUAUGGGAUACUUGACACUACACCUAGCUUAAUUUUGUUGUUUAUGAACCAAAUUACCUGUAUUGUUAGGAUCCUGGUGUCUUUUUGAUGACAGGGAUGGAUAAGAAAUGAUACUCCUAGGUGUUGCUGACAGAUCUUCCAUAUGUGAGAGCAAUAGAGGGAUUCACAAGACUUUUGAGAUCAGUGAAAGAAAUGUGGCAAAAAUCUUUAUUUUUGGUAGCUGAUGAGCCAGAAGUCUUUCAUUUUUAACUUAUUUUUGCUUCCAUUUCUCAACUAGCUCAUAGUCUUCAACACUUUUGAUCCAUGCUUGUAAAUAUCUGUCCAUGACAUACAGUACACACAAUAUUUUCUGAUCUAAUGCUAACAUAUUGCUAAAGUUCUGUGGUUUUUAAUGGACCUUAGUCAGACAUUUAGAUUUUUGUUUUUAAAAUGAUAGAGCUAUUUUAAUGAUGCUAGUGAAAUGCUUGUGAUUUUUAUAUACAGUAUGCAUGUGUGUAUGUGUAUAUACUAUACAGAUACGUGUGCAUGAAUAAAUACAUAAUGACCUGGGUCUAAAAACAUUCAUCUUCAUAGAUGAAGGGUCUGCAUAUAAUAUAUUAAAUCAAUUACCUUCUCCCCAAAACAUUAAGUAGGACCUAGCUUAUCAUGUAUUUUUUAUUUAAGGACUAUAUAUGAAAUGUAAGUUUCUUCUAUUUUUUUUGUUGGAUAUGUUUUUCCACUUACAUUAUUUUUUGGUGCAUACCAUCUCUCCUCCCCUAAGAUGACUUUAACAGGUAAUAAUAUAUUUUUCUAACUUUUCAUUUACCUAAGUUCCUGCUAUUGUCUUUGCGCUGUUGGCAAAGCUCUGUUGCCUAGUUAUUGUAUUAGGCUUGAUCUUAGCUAAGAUACCCUCCUUCAGCACUGUUGGACAACAGCUUGCCCAGACUUGUUCUAAAACAAUGUAGAAAUUAAAAAUGAUCUUGAAGAAUCCCAGUUUGUGUGUGCAGAUAAGUAGACAAGCUACCUAUAUUAAAUAUAUGUAUGACAGUGAGAGACUCAGAACCAUAUGCAGUUUCAGUGUUAUGGCUUAAUAUUUCAAUGCAGUUCCAAUAAGCUGUAGAAAUUAUUUCAUUCUUUUAUCACCAGUGCUGCUUACACAAUGAAAGACUACUGUCUUUAUUUUGCAUAAAUGCUGCUUGUUAUUUGACCUUUUUAAAUAUUGGAUACUGUAAAGUAGGAAAACACUAGUAUUCCAUAAUUGGCAAUCUUUUGGAGGGAAGACCUGCCACAAAUAUGCAUGGACCUACCCACAUUCCAGACAGGGUACUUGCUGGCUUUUAAGAAUAUCAUUUUUUUUUGUUUGUGCUUCUAGCUUUCCUUAAUAAAAUGGGAUUGCCUGACACAUAGUAAGAGCAUGGGUGUAUAGUAACCCUAGCAAGCCAGCACACUUAUAGCAUUUGCUUACAGAAAAUGUCAGCUAGGAGACCAAAUGAUAUAAUAAAUUCCAGUAGAGAAGAUAGUUUAAAUUGAUCGAGUCAAUAAAAACCUUCUUCUACUUGAUUGUUUUCUAAACCAGGAAGGGCUUCGUGUUAUGUAGUGAGCGUGGCUUUUCUUGUAACUGGAAUGAACACUAGUGAGCUAUCAUUGAAAUUGUACAAAAUAGUUUUCUAGAAUUUGAAAAGCUUCGAGAAGAAGUGCUCAGUUUGUCAGAUGGAGAUGUGCGGCCAACAGGGGGCCAAAGAGGAAAUUUUAAAAAAUGAGAGGAGCUGGUGCUGAUUGAGCAACUAUGCUAGGAAACAUUAAAGUUGCAACUUGUGCAAUUAACACUUGUUUACAGUGGCUGGUCACAUUAGAAAUGGCUGACUUGGGUCUCCCUCCAGGGAGCUAUUCCUGAACAAGUCCGACUUUCCUUUAAACAGAUAUAUGCCAACAUAAUCCUACAGGAUGCAGCCUACAGCUAUGGAAGGGGUUUUUCUGUGUCUGUAGGAAAAGCAUGGCCUUGAGCACUAGCAUCUAAGCUGGUAAAAGCAUUCUCCUGUUGAUCUAGCUGCAUCUACACUGGAGUUAGGUCAGCAUAGCUGUUGCACCAGGGGUGGAUUUUUCACACCUGAGUGCUGUAUCUGUGUUGACUCAGCCGUCUCUCUAUACAGACAACCCAGAGAGGAAAAUACAUGCAUGCUUACAUUUAGAAAAAGAAAAGGCUAGAGUAGUUCAAAAUUCUUGUAUAAGAAGAAAUGAGAUGUCAAGCUUUGUUUGUAGAGGGGCAUUAGAUUUUUUUCAGUUUCAUAACUUUCCUGAUUCAAAAAGGAACAUAGUUCUUAAUUACAUAUGGUCUUGCCAUAGUACAUAUAAUUGGAGAUCAGAUAAAACACAGUUUAGUGAAAAUCCUACACAGGCACAUUUUGUUAAUACAGAAAUUGUGGGAAAGUUUUUUUUUUUUUUUUUUUACAACUUGGCACUGGUUAUACAUUUUACUUUUUGUGGUUAAUUUAUUUUUCCAGGACCUAAGCAGUAUUUUUGCACAAUUAUGAUAGUACAUAUAAAUUGCUGAUGAUGUACCAGAACUCUAUGUACUAGUCCGUGAUCUGUUAUUAAUGCACUCUGUAACGUAGUUUUGUCUAAAUGCAAACCUUGGUGAUUUUGUAUAGCAUGUCAUCUGUAAUGUAAUUAUUUGUUGUAAACUGUGAUAUACCAGUUUUCAAAUCAUGUAAAAAACAGAGCAAAUCUGUCAGGGUGUUGUUUUUCCUCCCCCCGGGUCAAGAAUCUGUACUAUGAAAACUAAUAAUGAAAUGGCCUUAGCAGGAACAGAUUGUUUUGUGUGAAGCGGUACAGUAAUAAAAUACAAAUUAAGUAAUUG